AUGCAGGAAGUAAGGUCAAAUUUGAAUCGAAAAAUAGCGUGUCCACAUCUUAGGCCUUUGAAGCUGGUGGAGGCACUAAACUCUAAAUUUCUAGAGUUUCGACAUGGCUCUCCAUGGGAUUAUUAUACUCCGGUUGGAGAGCCAUAUCUCGAUGGUGAAGUGAAGAUCAUUGACGCGCAGCUGCAAGGGCCGACGGCAGCAUUCGUCACUAUACAGAGUACAAAACUGACGCCGGCAGUGAGGCAAAGACUUACGUCCGUACGGAAGCUAAUACAUGAAAACCUAAGCACGGUCCGUGAGGUCUUUAUCUGCAAUAAUAAGAUCGACAACGAGAUUGAUAAUGCAGUGGAAGACGUAGUUCAUGUUGUCUUCGAAAGCUUUCCUAUAUCUCUUGCUGAUAUUGCUGGACAUGCUGAUCUCACAGAAGCUCGUCUCACAACGAUUCUUGCACAGGUUAGUUGUAGCAUUCGGCCAUGUCGUGACGGCAAUUGUAAGGACGUUCAGCACCUAGGUCGAGUAACGAUGAAAUUGAUGCAAGGCUACGAAAAGGAGACGGGUGCGAUUGGAUUGGACAAGCCCAAAGGCUGGUCCGCUGAAGCACUUACGUUCCUCUCAGACACCACAUCUAUGUCCUCAGUGCAACAACUGGCUAAAGUAGGUCCCAACAUGGUAUAA